AUGCUCUCCCAAUACGGGCACCGCGCCUUGGGCGCGCUGAUGCUCUUGGGCACCGCCUCGGGCUUGGUGGCCGUGCUGGCCUCGAUGCUGCUCUUCCAGAUCCAAGGGGGCGCCGGCGGCAACCGCGACCUGAGCUCGUGGCUCCGCGCGCUCCUGCGCCCGAUCGCCGCCGGCCUGGCCUCGCUCGGCUUGGUGCUCAGCCUGAGCUGCCUGCUCCUCAGCCUCCUGCACGGCUACUGCGGCGCCGAGCGAUGCGCGGCCUCGGGGGGCGCGCUGGGCAGCGAGAGAGGCGACUGGUUCCUGUUGGAGAGUCGAAAAGUGAGACAUGUGGCUGUUGGUGUAUUUUGCUGCGCCGUUUUAGCCUACCUAUCAGCCCUCUCGAUCUACGUGAUGAUGGCAUUCGAGACAGAAACAGGGAUCACCUGUGCUUGUAUCUUCUCCUCUGGGAUUGUCGUCUUGUUCAUUACGGUGAUUCACGCGCUCGUCCGGGCUUCCAGGCGGAGCCCAGGGGAACUUCCGCACAAUCUUUACGAGAACGACUCGGCCCAGAACGUCGAAAUCCCAGCCGUCGUUCCUCCGAGCGAUGGCGCAAAGGUGACCUCUUUACAGUCACGUCUGGAAACUCAUCCGGAGGUUUCAUACCUGUCCUACGUAGAACACCAAACCACUCCAGAGAGUAGCACCAACGUCACAUCCGUGGACAGUGUUGCAGCGACCCUGGAGCAAGAGGGCGGUAGCAGCAUCCCCAGGAUGCACCGGACACUUUCGGCGGAGUCCGGCCUUCUGUUGAGCCACGGGGUGAGGCAGGAAAUGAAGAAAAUCCUGUCUCGCAAACCUGCGAGGUCAGGCAAAGAUUCGACCUUGGUGUGA